CAACCCCUUUGUUCAGUCUAGCCGGUGGGUUGAGUCAGAGGGAGGCUGUACUAACCCAACAAACCCAUACCACAGUGGGAAACCCGACAAGAGCCCAGAAGAGGCCGGAAAAAAAAAAUAUCAGGUUAUCUGGGAGUCCAAACCGAGACAGUGAGCGUGUUAAAUCAGAGCCAGACAAGAGGAAAGUUGGUUUUUUAAGUGUUGCUGAUGCUGCGUUUCAUUUCGGAAACCGUCAGGACCUGUGUGCCAGUGGUCGGCUGCUAAAACAACGACUCAUGUCCAUUAUCUUCUUCGCUCUUCCGUGGCUGCUUUAGCUAUCAUCCUGAAAAAUGUACCGGCGGGCCAACCACUAAUAUCCAUCGCCGGUCUGUUGCUGACACUGUGCAGUUGUUGCCAUCACCCACUGAUCCACGCUGGCUCUCCUUUCAGUUUCUGCUCAGCAUCCAUAUUUGCAUCCCAGGGAGUGGCAGCCGCUGAUCCCCCCCUUAUUCAGGCAAAGAAAUUGAAAGUUGGCCGGUUGUCGGACACCUCACGGACGCUUUAAUUUCACACAGGAAGCAGCUAAACAUGGAGCGCGACAGCCACCACUCCCACAUCUAGUGCCGGAUCCACAAGCCUUCAUCACCCAGGGAGGAGCUCUCAGGUCCCGGCCCGUCUCCCUGCCACUGUAGAAUGAAUAUGCUCAAGUCCAGCGGACUGAAAAUCCCUGGCCGUGGGCCCAAGCAUUCCAGCCCAGUGGGAAGGACCUCAGCGGGUGGAACAUCCAGCCCCGUCGUCCCUAAAGACAACACUCCACUGAAGCCCACCACACCAACUAAAAUCAAUGAAGAGGGCGAUGAUGUUUUGGGCGACUACACAGUGGGUGAACAGGUCUGGGUCAACGGUGUCAAGCCGGGAGUUAUUGCCUACCUAGGGGAGACCCAGUUUGCUCCAGGACAGUGGGCAGGCGUGAUACUGAAUGACCUAGUUGGCAAAAACGAUGGUUCAGUGGGUGGCGUGCGCUACUUUGAGUGCCAGCCCCUCCAGGGCAUCUUCACGCGACCCUCGAAGCUCACCCGACAGCCGGUCGGAGAGGGUAGCGACAGCCACUCCACCGACUCGCUCUCGGCCCAGAAUCAGACUCAGCAGGGCGGCAGCGGCGCCCCACCUGGCCAGCGGGUGGUGGUGCCACUCAGAGAGGGCCUUCUCAACAGCGCUGUGAAAACAGGCAACGAGUCGGGGUCCAACAUGUCUGACAGCGGUUCAGUAAAGAAAGGCGGAGAUAAGGAUCUUCGAGUUGGAGAUCGAGUUUUGGUUGGAGGCUCAAAGAUGGGAGUCAUUCGCUACAUGGGAGAGACAGACUUCGCCAAAGGUGAAUGGUGUGGGGUUGAGCUAGAUGAGCCCCUGGGGAAGAACGAUGGUGCAGUAGCUGGAACAAGAUACUUCCAGUGUCUUCCCAAGUUUGGCCUGUUCGCCCCGAUCCACAAGGUGAUCCGCAUCGGCUUCCCCUCCACCAGCCCGGCCAAGGCUAAGAAGAGCAAGCGCGUGGCCAUGGGGGUCUCCUCUCUGGCCCACAGCCCCAGCAGCUCCUCCAUCAGUUCAGUCAGCUCGGUGGCCUCCUCCGUGGGUGGACGACCGAGCCGAGCUGGACUGCUGACAGAGACGUCGUCGCGCUACGCCCGCAAGAUCUCUGGCACCACCGCGCUCCAGGAGGCGCUGAAGGAGAAGCAGCAGCACAUCGAGCAGCUGCUGGCCGAGAGGGACCUGGAGCGGGCCGAGGUGGCCAAGGCCAACAGCCACAUCUGCGAGGUGGAGAAGGAGCUGAGCGUCCUCAAGGCGCAGCACGUGCAGUACGUAACAGAUAAUGAGAGCACGCUCCAGCAAGUCAAAGCCAUGCUGUCCAGCACACAGAAAGACAAACUGGAACUGGCCAAUCAGCUUGAAGAAGAGAAAAGGAAAGUGGAGGACCUCCAGUUCAGAGUAGAGGAGGAGUCCAUCACCAAAGGAGACCUGGAGACACAGACGAAAUUGGAACAUGCCCAUAUUCGUCAGCUUGAGCAGAGCCUGCUCCUCGAAAAGUCGAGAGCAGAAGCACUUCAGAAAGAAUUAGAGAGGAGGAGGCAAACCACGGUUGAAGAGCAGAGUCGUAUCAUGCAGCUGGAGGAGGAGCUUACCCUCAGACGAGCUGAGAUCAAGAACCUCCAAGCUCAACUCAGAGGGCCCGACUCCAGCUCGCAGCAGGCCGACGAAGGCGAAGCAGCCCCCGGGUCCGACGCCCAGCCGGAGACCCAACUCCUGCGCGAGCAGCUGCUGUCAGCGGGUCGCGAGCACUUCAAGGAGAGCAGCGAGCUGAAAGAGAAGUACGAGACGGCGUUAGCAGCGAGCCAGCAGGAGAUAGACUCGCUGAAGGCGCUGGUGGAUAAGCAGAACCAGGAGAUCAGUGAGAUGAAGCAGAAAGCCCAACAGGCUUCCAAGGAGAACAUGGAAAUGAUGGACACCUGGAAGGGUAAAUUUGACACUUUAGUGAGCGACCACCAGCGAUCCUUGGAAGAACUGAAGGCCUCAUUGAGCAGUGAUCAUGCUUCUUCAGAAGGCCAAGAGCAGGACGCCCAGGAGCUGAGAGCCGCUCUGGAGAGCCUGAAGAUGGAGCACCAGCUGGAGGUGGAGAAUCUCAAAGCCAAACAUAAGAUCGAAGCUGCAAUCCUCACCAAGGAACGAGAGGACUUCUCCACGCGUCUACAGGAGGCCAAAGAGCAGCUGGCCGAGGGCAGCCACACGUGGAGGGCCGACGUGGAGGCCAAAAGCGGGAAGCAGGCCCUGGAGGAGGCGACCGAUAAGCUACAGAAGGCGGAGCAGAGGCUGGCGGAGAUGGAGAAGCUUCGGGCGGAGCAGGACAGAAGCACAGAGGAGCUGAGAGAGAGGCUGGAGCUGUCGGACAAGAAGAUGACAGACUACCAAGCCCUGCAGAAAGCCCAGGCGGAGAGCCAGGAGGAGAUCCAGAAACUGGAGGAGAAGCUGAGGGUGACUGCGAACCAGCUCCAGGCCAUCCAGGCAGACCGCUACACUUCCCAUGAUGCAAAUGUGAUAGAAGAUAAUGAAAUUUCAGAUGAGAAGAUGAAGCUCAAACAGAAUAUUGAAGAAACAAUGGAGAAGUUGUUGAAAAGGGAAAAAGAGGUCUCAACUCUCACCUCCCAGGUCGAGGCCCUCAAAUCACAGAUUGGAGCACUGGAGGGCAAAGUUCGUUCCGGGGAGAAGAAAGCCGAAGCCCUGGCCAAGGAUAAGAUGCGUGUGGAGGCGGAGCUGGAGUCCAUGACCAAGAAGUCCCACGAUGCCUCUGGGCAGCUGGUCAGCAUCAGCCAGGAGCUACUGAAGAAAGAGAGGAGUCUGAAUGAACUGAGGGUGCUGCUCCUUGAAUCGCAUCGCCAUUCGCGGGACAUGGAGAAAGACCUGAACCGAGAAGUGCACAAAGCAGAGUGGAAGGUGAAAGAGCAGAAACUCCAGGACGACAUCAAGACCCUGCGAGAAAAACUGCUCCUACUGGGUCGGGAACGGUCUUCACCCGAUCACCGGCGGUACUCCAUGCUGGACCCUUCGGCUCUGGACUCGGAGGUGAACCGCCUGCGCCAGCGGCUGCUUAGCACUGAGGACGCCCUGAGGAACGCCUUGGAGCACAACCAGCAAGUCGAUCAGCUGGUCCAGGCCAUGCGCAAGCAUCCAGACAAAAGCCCGGUGCAUGGUGCAAACUCAGCCAAUGGAAUUCAUCAUCAGGAGUCCGACAGUACUCGAGAUGAUCAACACUGAUAUGAGCAGAAGAGAUGAGACUGAGACUGAGACGUGCAGAGGUACAUCUUCAAAGGAAAAGCUUGUGCGACAUUUCUCCUGAUCCUGCGAUGGACAGCCUGAAGAACAUUUCAGUUUACAGUUAAAACCAAAACAGCGAAUCUCUAUCUCCAGUGAAUUUAUGUGUUGUUGCAGAAAGCACCUAUUAGCCAAUCAUGAAGACCGCUUAAAGUACUAUAAAAUAUAAUCAGGACAUGGGACAUGGACAUGAAGAGAAUAUUAUCGGUACAACUGCUGAUAACAUACAGUACAGCAACUUUUGAUGCUUUACAGUAGUUAGAAAUAUUGAAUCUACAAGUUGCCAGGAACUCGUUGACAAUUCAGAAUUUUGAUCCAGGAAGCAAAACGGCUGACGGACGACGAUGUGAAGUACUAAAAGACUGGGUCUCAGUUGCUUUGUUUCUUUUUAUUUAUUACUUUUACUUUUGCUUCUCCGCUUUGUAAUAAUCAUCUGUACUGUAGGUGGGCUGUCAUUGGCCAGUGACACUCAGAGCAACUCUUGCAGGAUGACGCUGACAGCGCUGAGGGAAUCCGACUCAUUUGUCGCCUUUCUCAAUACCUCAUGAGAGGACUGGUAGCAAAGCCAUCACGGUUCACAUUCCUGCUUCACUGCUCAUUUGUGGGUGAUCAGCAUCAUUGGAAGUAUUUAAAAAAACAAAACAAAAAACUAAUACUCCACCAAAAAACUGUUUUUUGAAUAUAACACACAAACACAGUAGGUUUGAAAAGUGGCUAUAAAACAGCUUUUAUUUCAGGUUUAAUCUGUUUGGGUUGUAACAGCUUUCAAUAACGACCAGUUUUUUUGUUUUGGAAAAAAGUUUCAAAACAUCCACAAACCCAUAACGUGAUGUCCUCCCUCCGUCCAUGUGCUGACUGCUGAGUAUGUUCCAAACACUAUUUUUUUGCCAAAAUAUGGCUAAAUACAUUUGCUUGAUCUUCAAGUACAACCCCUUUUGAUACACUAAAGGACAGAUUUUAAGAAGUCCGUAAUUUGUUUCUCAUGUUUGUUUUUUUUUGGCCUUUUUUUUUUUUUUUUUGGAUGAAGUCAGUUACAAAAAAGUCUGCAACAACCCUGUGCUGUCUAGCAAACAUUAACUCCUGAAGUAUCCCGAAUAAAAGUCUUCAUUAAGUAACCAAUCAUGGACAAUGUGUCAUGAUGUUAAAGAAACUGUCAUUCCCUCUGCCAAGAAAACAUUAUAGGGCUUUAAAGGCCACUAUUAAGGUGUUGUUAAGCAUCAGUACUGUUGCUAUGCUUACUUGCAUGCUAAUUAGCAUACAUUUUAAACAGAGUUUAAACUAUUGACUGGAAGAAAUCAGAAAUACACACAUAAACAUGAAUCAACCAUUCAGCCUCAGAGCUGUUACACUUCCUUGUGCUUACCAUGCUGUAUUAUGAAUCAUCCAUCGCUACACCAGGGCACAGUUAUCUGUUACAGGGCUGACCGUGAUGAAUUCAGUACCAAUCCUCUCUGCAGGUGUUGGGUAAGGUGGUUACUGGGUCAAUCCUCCUAAAAGAGAAGUUCUUUUUAGCCGUUGCACAUCAGUGGACUCGCUGCCAGAACUGAAUAUUGAUGUUAACAAACCUCCUGAAUCCAGCUCUGAGUGUUUAUAGAAUGAACAUAGUGAAUUAUUCCAUACGUUUUCAUUCACUAAAACUCUGUCUGACCCUCUACCAAAACACCUUACUCUACCAGUAAUGAUCAGCUAUUUUAUUUACUGUGGACUAUGUAUCAGUACAGACUCCAUCCAUGCAUUAGUAUUAAUGAACUGUAUAUUUAUACAUAUGGUGUGACGUAGCGGCCCUAUUCGAUGCCCAUUCUAGCCACCGACCUUUUGUUUAAGUCUACCGAAGGGCUGUCACAGGAGCUAAAACCCAAACGAUGGAUUUAAGUUAUUCAUCCUCCCCAAGGUUGAUAACAUCUGGAUUUCAUUUGCAAAAAAAAAAAAUGUUAUCAACACAUAUAGAAUUUAUACUGUAAGUCUUCCAAAUAUUGUUUUCUCCAUCCUGUGUGUAGUUGGUCAUAGGUUGCUAUUGGUUUGCGGGAGACAUUAAACAGAGAUGAGUGGUGUAAAAAUCGCAGGGUGGUGUCUCCUGAGCAAAAUAUGUAGGGCAGGCGCUGGUCAGCUCAGAUAAAACCUAAAUUUUCCAUUGGAUAAUGUACAUGGCCUUUUUAGCUGGAGGGUUCAUACCCUUUGGAUUAUUGCUGCAAUGGUUUCGGAGAUUGAGUCAUUAAAUAUUAACAAUGUG